AACCCGGGAUGAAUGGCAGUAGUGUGAUCAGUGCGCCCUCCUCCCAGCCGUGCACAACGAUCAUUCCUGGUGGUGACAACGCCGGAGCUCCGUACAGAACCGCACAUCGCCGGGGCCCUCCCCCCACCGGGUGACACAUUGUCAUAUCCACCGAUCUGCAGCUGGAGGCACCGGGAGGAGGAGGAGGCCGGAUUGGUGGAAAUCGAAGUCAUUUCCUGUGAAGGUUCAUUUCCUGGUUAGGACCUCACAGAGAUCAUCAUCAGCUGUACUGUCCCCGGGAUCAGCAUCCUCUAUGGGGCUCCCCGCCGCCCGGUAAUGUCACCCUUCCUCCCAGGAUCCGUGCCCGGACCCAAUCACACCCCAAUGAUGACCGGCCGAUCCCGGGCUCUGUAAGGCUGUCACCCGACAUCACCCUCCCUCCUAUACAUCGCCUGCGGCACCCAUCCCGGAUUGUUUAUUAAUAGAGGCCGGGGGCAGGAGGAGGAGGAGAAAGGGGCCUGUAUGAUAUAAGGCAUCGGACGUGUAGGGGCCCCAGACAUGAAGAAGUUCUUCGACUCCCGCAGGGAGCUCGGCGGAUCGGGCUCCGGGGUUGGUGGAGGAUCUGUCAGUGGGCUGGGCACCGGAUACAUCGGACGGGUCUUCACCAUCGGGAGGCACCAGGUCACCGUGGACGAGGUCCUGGCCGAAGGUGGUUUUGCCCUGGUCUUCCUGGUUCAUACCGGCAAUGGCAUGCGGCGUGCUCUGAAGCGCAUGUAUGUGAAUAAUGAACAUGACCUCCAGGUUUGCAAGCGGGAGAUACAAAUCAUGAGGGAUCUCUCUGGUCACAAGAACAUCGUCGGUUACAUAGAUUCCAGUAUUAAUUCUAUAAGCAGCGGAGAUGUAUGGGAGGUGCUUAUACUUAUGGAUUACUGUAGAGGAGGGCAAGUUGUAAAUCUGAUGAACCAGCGUUUGCAGACUGGAUUUACUGAGGCCGAGGUCCUACAGAUCUUCUGCGACACAUGUGAAGCAGUGGCUCGCCUCCACCAGUGCAAGACUCCCAUCAUUCACCGAGAUCUCAAGGUUGAAAAUAUUCUACUUCAUGACCGUGGUCACUACGUCCUGUGCGACUUUGGAAGUGCAACAAACAAAUGUCAAAACCCCCAGACCGAAGGUGUCACCGCUGUGGAUGAUGAAAUCAAAAAGUAUACCACACUUUCCUACCGUGCCCCUGAGAUGGUGAAUCUUUACAAUGGCAAAGUCAUCACUGCCAAGGCGGAUAUCUGGGCCCUGGGAUGUUUACUUUACAAGGUGUGCUUCUUUACCCUUCCAUUUGGCGAGAGUCAGGUGUCCAUCUGUGAUGGCAAUUUCACAAUUCCAGACAACUCCCGGUAUUCCUAUGACAUGCACUGCCUCAUCCGGUACAUGCUUGAGCCAGAUCCAGACAAGAGGCCGGAUAUCUUCCAAGUAUCCUAUUUUGCCUUUAAGCAAGCAAAGAGGGAAUGCCCUGUACCCAAUGUACUUGACUCUGUUAUUCCUGCAAAACUGCCUGAACCAGUGAAAGCAGGAGAAGCUGCUCUUAAGAAAAUCCAGCCGAAGGCCAGGCUCACUGAUCCAGUUCCAACAACUGAAACCUCCAUUGCACCUCGCCAGAGGCCCAAAGCUGGUCAGACUCAGCCGAACCCAGGGAUACUUCCUAUUCAGCCAGCUCUGACACCAAGGAAAAGGCCCACUGUUCAGCCUGCUGCUGCCAGCCCUGUUCCGGCUGGAGGCAUUCAGCCCACAGCCCCACCCGCUGUUCAGCCUGCUGUAAAGCCAGUGGCUCAGCCUCAACAACCGGUGAAGCCUGCUCAGCCUUCCCCACAGCCCAAUGCCAUAGUGACCACCACAGCCCAAACUGCAGCAGCUCUGCAGACCCCAGCAGCACCGGCGGCUCAGCCUGCACCUCUUCCGCAGCAGCAGAUCUAUAUAAAGCAGCAGCAACUUCUUCAACAACAACAGGCAGCAGCAUUGUAUCAGCAACAGAUGCUUCAGGCUCAGCAGAUACAAGCCAUGCAGCAGCAGCAGAUGAUCCAGGCCUACUAUCUUCAGCAGCAGCAGCUGAUGGCCCAGCAGGCUGCAAUGCAACAGAAAGCAGCUCAGCAGGUUGUAAUGCAGACCCCCUUGCCUGCUCAGCCUCAAGCUGUGCCAGCUACUGUGCAGGUGCCCGCUGCCCAGGACCAGGGGGUUCAAGCUCCUGUAAGGAUUAUCCAGAAAUCGCUGCCAGCAACAACACUGCCCAGUGCAGGACCUAAAUUAGGAUCCCUUACCCCUCCUUCCUCUCCGAAGACUCAGCGUGGAGGACACAGAAGGAUACUCAGUGAUGUCACGCACAGUGCUGUCUUUGGCGUUCCUGUUAGCAAAUCUACUCAGCUUCUCCAGGCUGCAGCCGCUGAAGCCAAUCUCAAUAAGUCAAAGUCGGCUACAACAACCCCCUCUGGCUCACCAAGGACUUCUCAGCAGAAUGUCCACAAUCCCCCGGAGUCUUCUGGCUGGAACCCUUUUGAUGAUGAUAACUUCUCAAAACUCACCGCUGAGGAACUCCUAAACAAGGACUUUGCGAAGUUGGGAGAGAGUAAACCACCAGAGCAACUGAGCAGUUCAGCAGAGGACCUCCUGUCAGGCUUUCCACCCCCCCCUGCUGUGUCUCAAGCGGAUACCUUUGGUCCUUCUCUGUUUUCCAGUGGAACAGCUGCGGAUAAACCUGUAGACGUGCAGGGUCAGGAUCCCAGCCCUCCAUUGCACAAAACGCCUGACCCAUUCUUACCUCUCCCUCUGUCCGACGCUCCAGAGAAAUUGAUUGAGGGUCUCAAAUCUCCAGAGCCCCAGCUUCUGCUUCCUCACCUUGUACAGCUGGCAGAUCCCUUUGGGAGCACCUCCGAGGCUGUGAAUGGAAAAGUUGAACCUGUGGUGGAGAGCCUCAUUCCAGGGCUUGAGCCUCCUAUGCCCCAGCGCCUCUCAUCCCAGGCCGACUCCAUUGCUUCAAAUCGUACAGGUUUGCUUCAAGGUCCACAUGCUUUCCCACUGGGGAAUGAUGGAGCACCUGGUGUUGGAGCUGCCCCUCUAUCUACUGAUAACUCUGAUAUUUUAGAGUUGAAGGCUGAGUGUCCAUCAAAGGGUCCAUCCAGUUGCAGUUCUUUUCAUAGCAGUGAAGAAGAAGGUACAGACCAUGAGACUGACCUGUUGGAUUGCAGCGGCUCAAGACCACUUCUAAUGGAAUCAGAUGAAGAAGAAGGUUCUAAAAAGACCAGGGAAACGGCAUAUGUAAAACCCCCAGAAGAAGAACUUCAUUCUAACCAGAUGUCCCAUGUUUUUAAACUUUCAGACAGGAUGAACCAGGUCUCUGCAGCAGGCUAUAAUGAAGUCGAUGUAUUUUCCACAGCUCCAUUCAGGAGUUCCAGGGUAUCACAGGAUGAUUCGGAUAUAUUUACUAAUGCUCCAUUUGUGGCCAAGCCCAAUACUGUUUUAAGCCAGGCAGAGGAACCUGAUGUUUUCCUUAGAGCUCCUUUUACAAGAAAAAUAAGCGUUGAAGAGACAGAUCCCACUGCCAUAUCUCAAGCUCAUGCAUCUCUCAAAGGGCUCGAUAUGGCAUCAGUUGGUAAUUCCACAUUCCGAAACACAGACUUGAUGUUGGGCGGCACUGCCAUGAAGACUUCAUACACUACUGGAAACCUGUAUGCACAUUCCAGCAGAAGCAUUGAGUCAUCCGAGGACCCACCGAGUGCAGAUAAUCACAGAAUCCCCAACCAAGAGGCAGCCCAGGAGAUAGUGUUUGGGACUGUGGUUACAAAGCCAUUCCGCCCUCAGUCUUUGUCCAAAUAUUCCCGUCACUACAGCCCUCAAGAAUUGCAGCCUGUUGAAGCACAGCCCAUUGCUGCUUAUAAAGUUGUAUCUCAUGUUGCAAAAGCCUCUGUGGCUGGAUCAGUUCCCAUCAACCCAGUGACUUACAGAACUUCAGACAUCUCAAGUGCAGAUCCAUUUGGCUCGGCUCCCUUUCCUGCCAAAGCUGGAAGACAAAAUCCAUAAAAUAUAUGAUUUAUCUAGUUUAUGCUUUGUAUCUUAGAAUUCCCCAAACACUUAUACCCGAUAUUGCAAUGCACUUCUUAUUAAUGCAUUAAUCCUUUUUUUGUUACAUCACAUUCUUGUUUUUCUUUUCAAAGAAGGAACCUUACUGUAGUGCAUCAGUUACCUCUACAGAUUUCCAUAAACCAGUAGAAUUUUGUUGGAAAAUAGAACAAAAUUUCGAGAAACAAACAUUUUCUAACAGUUAAUGUGGUCAAAUUGACGUUUUCUAUCAUAGUCACAAGAAAAUUCAAACGAAAUCCUAACUGUAAAUCUUUUUUUUUUUUCGGGGGGGGGGGGGGAGACAAAGUGUAAUGCAUGUAUUCAAGUACAAAAGAAACAUGUUUAAUAUAUAUGGGAUUCCAUUGACGUAGCAGGUCAAAUUUGUAAAGGUUUUAUAAUAAAAUUAAUUAACUUGGAAAUGGCCAUAUUAAAUGCUUUGAAAAACAAUUUCCGUACGAACGUUAAAACAAAAUUCUACUGGUGUGUGGCUGAUUUAAUUUGAUUACAAGAAUGAGCCCUAUUGUUACUAAAACUUACACGAUCCGUGGUUUCUUCUGAACGAGUAGCCUUUAUUUUAUUGGCUGCACGCCUACAUGUGUAAACUACUUUUGACCUGGGUGUAUUUUCACAUAUUUGGUAGCAAAAGGAACCCCAUUGGAUUGCAGCUGAAAUUAAAAUGAUUCCUAAAGUUUAUUUGAAUAAGCACUAUAAAAAUAUUUAAGUAGAUUAUAACUCCAACUGCAUCACCUUUGAGUCUUUACCUACUUUUGGUAGCCUUCUGAUUUCAUGACGGUAUGUAUGGUUUGUUCUACUGUCAUUCAAAUUAUUUUAGUGUUGUGUAGAAAAGUUGCUGCACUUAACUGUGAGACCAACAUGGUGCUUGGUGACCACAUAAGUGUUUAUGCACCCAGGCUUCUACUUCUAGUUUUCCCACUUUCUCUAUUACCUGGCACAGCUGAGGCAACCAUUUUAAAAGCAUUGUGAGGUCUGGGGUAGGCAUACCACGGUGGCUGAUGGUACAGAGGUGGGCUUUGCCCCUAAAUUGGCAUUGAUUCUGGGAGUUGGACAAUGGCAUCCUCGAGUGCUAGAUGGAGAGCCUUGGCUGUGACAGAUUUCACACAGGUUCCCUUUAAUCCAUCAUUGAUGGGUGUAAUGGGUUAAUGCAUUAAUGACCUUUUUUUGAGUUGUUUUUUUUUUGUCCAAUAUUAAAAUUUGUGUUUUAGUUCAGUUUGUUCUAAAUCCUUAGAAAUUGAGGUGCCUUAUUUAUAGAGAUGAACAAUCUUGUCCUGCCGUGCAUUGUCUGGUAUUAAAUUCUUCAGUUCCUAUA